ACCCUCUCACGCAAAAGCAACAAAUUUUAGAAAAUUCGUUCACCUGUUUUAGGUUCCAUAUUCUUUCAUUUUUUUCUCUCUUUCUCUUCUCUUUUCUGUGUUUUUUCUUUCAGUUUCGACAGAAAAACACAACACCAUCAAAUCAAAACAACCUGCGUAACGUAACAACAUUCAAAUAAAACAUCAUUGUUGCAAACAUUAUUAUUAUUAUUAUUAUUUCCGAAAUCGAAAACAAGAAAAAAGCACAAUGGAAACUAUGUGUUUAAAAACUGGGAUUGUUCCUUCGAUCUCCAUUGGUGGAUCUUUAGACACACGCGAUACACGCGCCGCCGCAUCUACCGUAAGUGCGGUGGGUCGUGAAAAAUCUUCACAAAAAUCAUUAUUUUCUAGAUUUUCAUUUAGAUACCCAUUGGAAUCUCUAUGGCCACAACGACGGAACAGAACGUUCAGUGGUUUGUCUCUAGACGACGCCGUUUUGGAAGAUAACAGAGAAACAAAAACCGUUGGGGAUGACGGUGAGGAUUGUAGGGAGGGGCAGAGAGAGAAUUGGGUUUUGAAGAUUUUGCAUGUCAAGAAUGUUUGGAAAGGGGAACAAGGGAAUCAUGAAAGAGAAGAAACAAUUACUGAUAAUGAUGAAAACAAUGGUGAUGAUGAUCAAGUUUGUGAUACUUGCGCGGUUGAAAAUGAUGAUGACGAAAAAAUAGAUGAUUUUGAAUUUGAUAGAAACUCGUUUUCCAAAAUGUUGAGGAGGGUUUCUUUGGCUGAAGCUAGAUUGUAUGCUCAGAUGUCACACUUAGGAAGCUUGGCCUAUUCUAUACCAAAUAUCAAGCCAGGGAAACUCUUAAAACAUUACGGUCUGCGUUUUGUAACUUCAUCGCUAGAGAAAAAAGAAUUGGCAGCAAAAUCUGAGAAAAAUCCUCAGGAAGUUGAAAGUAAAGAGAAGCAAGAAGAAACAAAGGAGCCAAAUAAUGGUGGAUAUAGGAUAAGUGCAACGGCUGCUUAUAAUAUUGCUGCGUCUGCUGCAUCUUAUCUGCACGCACAGACAAAGAGUAUACUUCCAUUCACUUCUUCAAAUGCAGCGACUGGUGAAGGAAGCAAUGAAAGCCUUAACAUGAUGAACCCGGAAGUGGUAUCUUUGAUGGCGACUACUGAUUCAGUGACAGCAGUGGUUGCGGCAAAGGAGGAAGUAAAACAGGCUGUUGCAGAUGAUCUAAACUCAACUCAUUCAUCACCUUGUGAAUGGUUCAUCUGUGAUGAUAACCAGAGUGGUACAAGAUUUUUUGUUAUUCAGGGUUCGGAGUCAUUAGCAUCUUGGCAAGCAAACCUACUUUUUGAGCCAAUUAAAUUUGAGGGUUUGGAUGUCCUUGUGCACAGAGGUAUAUAUGAGGCUGCUAAAGGGAUAUAUCUACAGAUGUUGCCAGAAGUUCAUGCUCACCUAAAAUCUCGAGGUUCUCGUGCAACUUUUCGUUUCACUGGACAUUCUCUCGGUGGAAGCUUGGCACUACUUGUAAAUCUCAUGUUGUUCAUAAGACAAGAAGUACCAAUCUCUUCUCUACUUCCUGUGAUAACAUUUGGCUCCCCUUCCAUCAUGUGUGGAGGCGACACUCUACUUGAAAAGCUUGGUCUGCCGCGAAGCCAUGUGCAGGCAAUUAUAAUGCACAGAGACAUAGUACCGCGAGCAUUUUCUUGCAAUUACCCUGACCAUGUUGCAAAAAUCUUAAAGGCUAUCAAUGUGAACUUUCGCAAUCACCCAUGUCUCAAUAACCAAAAGCUACUAUACACACCAAUGGGUGAACUGCUGAUUCUUCAACCAGAUGAGAAAUUUUCACCAAGCCAUAAUCUUCUGCCACAAGGCAGUGGUCUAUAUCUUUUGCAUUGUCCUUUGUCAGAACCUAAUGACACGGGCAAGAAGCUCCGAGCCGCAAAGUUGACGUUCUUGAACACACCUCAUCCGCUUGAGAUAUUAAGUGAACGAUCUGCUUAUGGAUCUGGAGGAACCAUACAAAGAGAUCAUGACAUGAACUCUUACUUAAAGACAGUGAGAAGUGUGAUUCGCCAAGAACUUAACCAGAUCCGUAAGUCAAUGCGAGAGAAAAGGCGCAAGGUAUGGUGGCCUCUUGUAUUACCGCGACGAGUUGAUACCAGCAUUGUCGUUGGGAGGUCCAUGGUAUCGGUAAGUAUUGGCCAACGCCAGUCACCGUUCUCUGGCAUGAUGAAGACAGGAAGAGAGUCCUUAAAAAGGUUUAGCAGGCUUGUUGCAUCCCAACACAUGCAUUUAUUUGUGUUGCUUUUCUUCCCUGCUAGGAUGUUAAUAUUGGGGGCAUAUAGCUUGAUUAGCCUUAGAUGAAUGAUAUGAAAUGAUUCAUAUUUUUUAUUAUGAGGGAGGGAAAAGUGUAUAAAACAAGGGCACAUGGUUAGCUGAAUGUUAGGUGAUUCUUUAUUCAUUGAUUUCAAAAUUAAUAUGUUGUCUCUCAAGAAUCCUGCUUGUAGAAAUAUUCUUCAUAUAUAUAUUAGUAAUAUAGUAAGAUAUUUGUAUUCCAGUGA